CAUAUAUAGCUACAAUAAGAAACUUUGUUGUGGAAAUGCUCUCUAUUUGAAAGAAUUUUGGUUUCAUAUUUUUGAAAGUUUGUCUCUUUUUAUUAGUAAAUCAAGUUGAAAAGAGUAAGUGUAGUAAUGGGGAUUACUUCUUUGCAAGUUUGCAUGGAUUCAUCCAACUGGCUACAGGACACAAUUCACGAGGAAAGUGAGUUUGAUUCAUCUUCAUCUCCAUCAGGUGGUGACAUAUUCACAUGCUCCAGGCCUUUAAUUGAAAGAAAACUAAGACCCCAACAUGACCAACCACUCAAUUGCCCUCGUUGUGACUCAACACACACUAAAUUCUGUUACUACAACAAUUACAGCCUUUCUCAGCCAAGGUAUUUCUGUAAAUCUUGCAGAAGGUACUGGACUAAAGGGGGAACUCUAAGGAAUAUUCCUGUUGGUGGUGGAUGUAGGAAGAACAAAAAAGGAUCUUCCAAGAAAUUGUCUAAUGACACUAUUACCCCUCAUGUUGGAUCAUCUAAUAAUUCAUCUUCUAUUUCUAAUAAUAAUUACCAUGAAAUGCCAUUUUCACACUUUGAUAAUUUUAUGGCAAAUAAUAAUAUUAAUCAUAAUUUCAUGCAUCAUGCAUCUAUUGAAUUUAUGGAGAGCAAGUAUGAAGCUUUGGUGGGGACUACUAGUACAAGAAAUCAAGAUUUUCUUGGGAAUGUCGAUGUUGCUACUGGUCUGAUCAAUGGUUAUGGUGAGAUGGAUAAUUCAGGAAUUGGACCAAAUUAUCAGGGUGGGUUUUGCUCUAGUACAUUUGGGUUGCCCAAUAUGGAUGGGAAUAUAGUUAAUUACGAGGGACAAAAUAUAACAAUGGAUGUGAAGCCAAAUCCCAAGAUUUUGUCUCUUGAAUGGCAUGAUCAAGGAUGUUCUAAUGCUGGGAAUGUUAAAGAAUCUUUUGGCUACUUGAGUGGAGGACUAGGAUCUUGGACUGGAUUGAUGAGUAAUGGUUAUGGAUCAUCUGCGACGACGAACCAGUUAGUUUGAGAAUUAUAUCAGCAAAAGGCUUACAGUCUAAUGAUAUCGAUGGAUAUAUAGGUGUUGGUUCAAUUGUUGUCAUAGCACUAAGCUAAGUUACUUUCACUUUAGUAACCACUUAAUUUCAAUUUGUGUUGUUAAUCUCAUGUUGUAAUCAUGAGUGGUUGAGAUUAUCUCGGGUAUAAUUAUUAGGCCUGAAUUAUCCCUACCUAAAUUCCUCUGAAGGAAAGAUGUACUGGUUUUGUACUUUUUUGUGAAGGAUUUUCCUUAGUUUAAUUAAUUAAAAUAAUUAGCAUGUUGUGUGUGAAUGGAUAUUGUAGAAGCUG